UUCUUAUCUCAUAGGAUGCAGACUUCCCACAUUGUCUCCGACAUGAGUGCCACCUACGCCUGGUUAUUGCUGCUCUGCUUUGGUUGUGGUCUAUCCGCCGCUGUCAUUCAGCCUGGACAUGGAGUAGCUGGACCACUCGUUCCACCGCCAAUGGAUUUGGGAAAGGAACUGAUGGAUAUCUUUGCCAUGGUGCAGUUGAAGCCAAUGAACAAAAUGUUUGCACGCUAUCUGCUCAAUGAUGGCCAGUUCCAGGCAUUUGUGCGCAUUAUGAACAGCAAUGCGGGAUUCAUGGCACGCUGGCGUCUGCUCUCCCAACCGGAGGUGAUUAUGCUACGUCAAUGGGUUAACCAGCAGCUGAUGACAUCCAAGGGGAAAUUCGAGAUCGAAGAGAUGGAGAUGUGCGUAACGCUGUUCAAUCGCUAUCCCUAUAUGUCUGGUAGCGUUUUCGGCUGGCAAGGAUUCCUCAACGAACUGGAGAUGUACUUCCCAACGUAUGCCAUUGGCGCCACCAUUCAGACCAAGGUGCAGAUGCAGGGCAUCUUUGCUCAGUUCUGGACGAGAGUGCAGGCUCUGCAGGUAGUCUACGAACGUUGGUUGGCCAUGCCCGGCACCCAGACGGUGCUCAACCAGUUGCAGGCGGAGGGCAUUGAUAACGCCCAACUGGAUACCCUGGUGCGCAAUCUUUUCGGCUGGAAUGCUGUAAAUGGAACAACCACAGCGGCUCCUCUACUGCCCAUGCCCACAGAUCAGUCUGGCCCUGUGAUAAUGCCUGGCAGUGCUCUGAUCCUUUAGUGAUUUUCUCUAUUCUUGUGUUUGUUGUCAAUAUAUCUAAUAUAUAUUUGUAUAACCUUUGAACUAUCAAAA